UAAAAACGAAAAAAAAAAAAGAAAAAACUAUUCUCGUAAAGUGUUUCCCAAACAUCAUGACUGGUUUCUACAACUCGCGGUGGUGUCUAUUUUGGUUCCUCUUCUGGAGUAUAGCUUGUUUUGGCUUAUUUGGACUACCUUUGCACUCUGAUGUUGAAGCUUGUUACGGUUUAUCUGCAGCACCUUUGCACCCUGAUGAAGUGAAGACUCUCAAUCAAAUGGCAGUGAAAAUGAAGACUGCUACUAAACUAACUUUCUCUUGCGAUUCCAAGGUUCCUAAUAUUACUUGUGGAAAUUACAGUGGUGGCUACUGUCACAUCACCGAGUUACGUGUGAAAGAACUAAAUUUCACGGGCACGCUUCCUCUUGAACUUGUGAAUCUUAGAUACCUUAACAAAUUUGACAUCACGCGUAACUCGCUUCACGGUUCUCUUCCACCGAUAUGGAGCACCAUGAAGAACUUGAAAUUCAUUUCUCUCACUGCCAAUCGCUUAUCAGGGAAAAUUCCAAUAGAGUGGGGAGCUUUUCCAAGUCUUGAGUACUUAAGUUUUGAAGCGAACAAUCUUUCUGGUAGUAUUCCUGCGGAACUUGGGAAUCUAACCACUCUAACUCACCUGUUCUUUUCUUCCAAUAAAUUUGAGGGAAGCCUUCCAAAUACACUUGUAAAGUUGAAGAAUUUGAAGGAUCUUAGGCUAAGCGAUAAUAAUUUUGAAGGCCCUAUACCAGAAUUCAUUCAGAACUUUACUCAACUCCGAAAACUGGAAUUGUAUGCAACUGGUCUAAAAGGACCUAUCCCUGCUGCCAUUUUUGAAAAAUUGGAGAAUUUGUUUGAUUUGAAGAUCACUGAUAUGGCUGGGGAAAAGUCUGAAUUUCCUUUUCUAAACAGCAACUUUAUGAGAAUAAGAGAUUGUACAUUGAUCCUGAGAAAUGUGAAUUUAUCUGGAAAGAUCGAUGGAAAAAUCAUGCGUGAGAUGCCAUCGACAUUAACGUUAGACCUAAGUUUUAAUAAUUUGGAAGGAGAACUAAGUCCUCAAACCUCCACAGCACAAAAUAUAUUUCUAGGGGGAAACAAGUUCAAUGGAAGUGUCCCUGAGUCAUUCCGCAACAAUCUCAACAGUUACAUUGCCAUUUUUUUUAAAUGCAGUGAUCUAUCUUAUAAUGACUUCAAUUGGUCAACUGCCACUUGUGACAAAGACGGGUUAGAAUCUGUAAACACAUAUCGGAGUUCCUAUUUGAAGAAUGAGAUUCUUUCUUGCUCUUAUAAAUUCAAUUGUCAACAAAAUCCUCAAUCUUCCCUCCAUAUAAAUUGUGGUGGGCCGCCAAUAACUGUGAAAAAUGCCAAUGGGAGUCUCUUUUAUGAAGGUGAUGAGUUUAAUGGCGACAGUUCCACUAUGAGUAAAAAUAUUACAACAUAUUGGGGAUUUAGUAACAUUGGAUACUUUCCAUCUGUCAGCGGAGACCAAAGGGUUUAUAUUGUAGAAAACGACGAGUUUAAAAAUUCAGGAUAUUUGUAUGCUACUGCACGAAAAUCUCCAGUGUCCCUUACAUACUUUGGUUGUUUAAAAAAUGGAAUGUACACUAUAAAACUGCACUUUGCAGAGCUUGAGUUCAAGAAAUUUAUUGAUGUUGGUCGACGCAUAUUUGAUAUAUAUAUUCAGGGAAAGAAAAUGUCCACGGAUUUUAAUAUAUACGAGGCUGCCAACACAAUUGGUAGUAAAGUUGUGGUCCAACAGUACUUUAAUGUCAAUGUGAUAGAUAAUACUCUGGAUAUUAGAUUCUAUUGGGCAGGAAAAGGAACCACUGUUGUUCCUAAUAGGGGCAGUUAUGGUAUUCUCGUAUCCGCUAUUUCUGUGUGUCCAAGUUCCAAAUCCCAUUGUGAAGAGCCUAUGUCACGAAAUAGAAUACCUAUAGCGGUUGGCGUUGCCAUUUCAAUUUUUGUCUUAAUCCUGUUAAUAAUUAGUGCUAUCACAUGGAGAAUAUAUCAAAGGAACAAAUAUACAACGGGAAGAUCAGAGCUUACUGGCUUGGAGCUGGUAACAGGUUCCUUUACUUUGAGACAACUAAGAUCUGCCACUAAUGAUUUUCAUUCUGAUAACAAAAUUGGAGAAGGUGGUUUUGGAAGUGUUUAUAAGGGUCACUUAUCAGAUGGUACAGUUAUUGCUGUGAAGCAACUGUCUUCUAAGUCAAGACAAGGCAAUCGUGAAUUUAUUACAGAGAUUGGCAUGAUAUCUGGUCUGCAACAUCCAAAUCUAGUCAAGCUUUAUGGAUGUUGUGUAGAAGGAAAUCAGUUAUUACUAGUAUACGAGUACAUGGAAAAUAAUAGUCUUGGCCAUGCACUUUUUGGAAAAAGUGGUUUGAAACUGGAUUGGGCAACGAGGUUCAACAUAUGUGUUGGAAUAGCCAAAGGUCUGUUGUAUCUUCAUGAAGGGUCACCUCUCAAGAUUGUUCAUAGGGACAUCAAGGCUACAAAUGUGUUACUUGACAAAGAUCGAAAUGCUAGGAUAUCAGAUUUUGGUUUGGCUAAGCUUCAUGAAGAGGAUGAUAGCCACAUUAGCACUCGGAUUGCUGGAACUAUAGGAUAUAUGGCUCCAGAAUAUGCAUUAUGGGGUUAUUUAACUGAAAAGGCAGAUGUGUAUAGCUUUGGCAUAGUUGCUUUGGAAAUUGUUAGUGGGAAGAGCAAUACAAACUACAAACCUGACAAUGAAUGUGUUUGCCUUCUUGAUUAUGCCUUCGCAUUGCAGCGAAAGGAAGAAUUAUUGGGGAUAAUAGAUCCUAAGUUGGAGAAUGAAUUCAAUAAGGAAGAGGUUGAAAUUGUUCUGAAUGUGGCUCUUUUAUGCACCAAUGCAUCUCCAGUGCUAAGGCCUACAAUGUCAGAAGUGGUUAGUAUGCUUGAAGAACAAACUGCCAUUACUAAAGUGGUGUCUGAUCCUAGUAUAUUUAGGGAUGGUUUGGAAAAUGACUUGAGAUUUAAAUCCCUCAAAAACUACUAUCAACAAAUUCAAAGGAAGAAUUCUUUCGAAACCCAAGGUUCCAAUUCUUUGAGUAAAAAGUUUAAUGAACCUUCUACAAGUAGUUCUGCUCAUGAUCUCUACAAAAUCAAUCCUGAAUCCUUAUCUCUUCAUGAUCUAUAUGAGAUCAAUUCCAAUUCCAUAAACAACAGUGAUGUUUCUUCUUUGGUGUCGCAUCAUAAUUCGUCAACUUGAUAUUAAGUUCUGCGGAAUGGCAUCACUGGAGCCAUGCUAUAGUUUCCUAGUUUAAGGUGACUCUUUUUAUUGUAAGGAUAUAAAACCACGUGUUAUAUUGACAUUAAGGGAAGUGUUUAUAGACAUCCCAACCACGUGUUCUAAUAACUUUUAAGGUGUGUAUUUUUAUUGUAAUGACAGUAAACACAUGCAUGGUUUUUCAUUAAAUGACUCGUGUCAUUACUCUUUUUAAUGAUAAUAAUGGUUUUGUCACUA